AUGAAGACCAACAAUAGCACAUCGAGUUAUAAAGAUUUUAAUGUUUCAUCAAUUGUUCCAAAAUUUCCACCAGAAAUAACAUCAUUGAAUCUUAUUCAAAAAGCGAUUUUAAAGUUGGAAAACUCUGGUAAAAUUUCAAGGAUACCAAAUGCCUUUAUUGCAUAUCGGAUGGCUUUUUGUAAGCAACUUCAAAAAGUAAGACAUCCAGUGUUCACACAACCACAACUCUCGUCGAUGGCAAAAGCAGCCUGGAAUAAAGAACCAGAAGACGUGCAAAAGGCCUAUCGUUAUAUCGCUGCAGAAGCCAGUGAAAUAUAUAAGCAAUUAUGUAAAGAUAAAUAUCAAAUUAAUAUGGAUAAUGAAAAAGAAUCAAUGAAUCAAUUUUACGUGCUGGGAAAAGAGAAGAAUACGAAUGAAUCGUCACCAUCAACCAAUUCCUCUUUGCAUCAUACCUCAUCAUUAGAUGAAACUAAUCGUAUUACUAAAAAUGACAAAUCUUCUGAUCAAAAUCAAUCAGAGUACGAAAAUUACCUUUUAAAUUCCAAUCUUCUUGCAUUUAAUAGUAAUCUUGAUAAGACUUCUGCAAACGGAGAUCAGUCAUUAAAUUCUUCAUUAGACAUUUUUCCACAAUUAGAUUCUGUUACUUAUUUCUCGAACGAUACAAUCUCGUUGCCUUAUGAUUACAGUGAUAAUAGCAAAUCAAAUUUUUUUUCUUUAUCCUUACAUGCUCCUACCGAAAAUUCCAAACAAUGCACUUGUAAUAAGGAUGAUAUUAUAAACUUAGAAUCAAAAAUAGAAGCACUAGAAAAUAAGCUUGAAAUAAUUACAAAAAUGUUUAUGAAAUGA